UUUCAUUUAAUUUCAUCUAUGAAAUUGCUUAGGAAUCCGAAUCGACUCCAUCAUCGUUCAUUCACUGCUAUUAAGCAUGGGAUUAUAUUUGCACAAAUAAAAAGCUAAAACGCACACUUUACAGAUCGCAACAUCCAUAGCUGUUUGUUGUUCUGUACAAAUCGGCAAGAAUUCGGCCAAAAUCAAAACCAUGUGAAAAUAUCAUAACUUGAAAUGUUUCUUUGCUCAAGUCAAAUGCGAGUGUCGAUUCUCCCUGCUUCAGCCACCAAUGAUACUACAGACUCUUCGAACCUCUAUCGGCGUUGGUUCCUAAUCUUGCUAGGCUGUGGAGGAUACGAUACCAGGAUCUGCGAACGCACGUAAGUCUCUUUAGGGUUUUGACGGGAAGCCGCAGCAGUCUGUCCAACACCACGUUCUAGGGGAGGUAAUCGUUCCUCAUCUAAUCCUCUUCUUUUACACAGGAAAAGAAGCGAGUGGCCUUGCGAGAGUAGUUUUUAGGGAGAGAAAUCGGAUGCUAGUGACGAGAUUGCUUUGCACACGACGAAGGUGGAAGGUAAAAUCGAAUUUACAGCGGACCCGAUUGUGAAAGCCUGAAAGAAAUGGAAAACAAGCAAUAAUCAUUUCUCAUCCUAGAGAGAGAAGCAUGGAGACAGCUAUUUGUGGGAGAUUUGCUCUCUCGCCCAAUCACGCUUUCAAUCCCAAACCAGGGGACAAAAACCCUCUUUGUAAAGGGUCAUGUGUCAAUCAUGGAACUCCCAUGGUAGUUUCAGCAACAGUAGCAAGCAAAGGAGGUGGGGUAUUAGAUAGGCCAGUUAUUGAAAGAACCACUCCUGGCCGUGAAUCAGAAUUUGAUUUGAGGAAAUCCAGGAAAGUAGCUCCUCCUUAUCGUGUUAUACUGCAUAAUGACAACUUCAACAAACGAGAGUACGUCGUACAAGUUUUGAUGAAGGUCAUCCCAGGAAUGACGCUUGACAAUGCAGUUAACAUAAUGCAAGAGGCACAUUACAACGGCUUGGCUGUGGUGAUUAUUUGUUCUCAGGCUGAUGCUGAAGAACACUGCAUGCAACUGAGGGGUAAUGGACUAAUGAGUUCGAUAGAACCUGCUAGCGGUGGCUGCUGAAGAUGGCGUAUAUUUAGAUCCAUAUGAACCUGUAACUGUCGAUAUAUCAUUCUCAGAAUUAGAUAGUGUAUAUAACUCAGUAGUGCCAUUGUGAAUACUUGCUCAUCCUAUGAUCAAGAUGAGGACAAGGGAUGGUUAUAAUUUUGAAUAAAAGUGGUGUAAGUUUACUCUUUA